AUGAGCAUUCGAGAAGAAGAGGAAAAGAAAAAGCCGGAGAAUGCGAGAGAACGGCUGCCAGGAGGAUUUGCCUCGGGAAACACCUCAAAUGAGGUCAGUCCCGAGCAGGAAGAGUGCGGGUGGAACACGCAGGAAUCGAUACUUGGGGACAAGCCGUACAUGCUCCCAAAUGGCGAAAUGUACAAAAAGCGCGUGCGGACAGUUAUGACUCCCAUACAGAGCGAGUCUCUUCGGAGGUACUUUAGAAUAAACCCGUUUCCUUCGUCGGACGUGCGCGCCUCCAUUUCCUCCUCCCUGGGGAUGCGGCCACGCACUGUGCAGAUCUGGUUUCAGAAUCAGAGACAGAAAAUGAAGCACGUCCUGCAGGAGGAGGAGCGCAUAAAAGAGUUUCGAGAGGCAGCCGUGUACACGGGAGCGAAGGAAGAAGAGCCUCUGUGGGUUCUAGCACACCUUUCUUGCACGGUUUUAAACACAAACAAUGCAGUGUAA